CUGACACACUCAAUCUCUCUCCUCCCUUCUUUCUCUCUCUUCAACUCUGAAACCAAAAUUAAACAUAUUCAUACGAUCCAUCAUGGUGCCAUCAAAGAAGUUCAGAGGUGUUAGGCAGCGCCACUGGGGAUCUUGGGUCUCUGAAAUUCGCCACCCUCUUCUAAAAAGAAGAGUUUGGUUGGGAACUUUUGAGACGGCGGAGGAGGCGGCGCGAGCAUACGAUCAAGCCGCCGUGAUAAUGAGCGGCCGGAACGCCAAAACCAACUUUCCGAUGAGCCAAACGGCAGCGGCAGCCGAUCAAGAAAAACCCGACCGGAUUUCACCGUAUUCUCCGAAAGGUCUGUCGGAGAUUCUCCACGCCAAGCUUCGAAAAUGCGGCAAAGCGCCGUCUCCAUCGAUGACGUGUCUGAGGCUCGACACUGAAAAUUCCCACAUCGGCGUGUGGCAGAAACGCGCCGGCCAACCCACCUGGAUCAUGACCGCUCACCUCGGAAAACAGACUGCCGCACGAGACGACGGUCGUUUGCGAAAUAAUAGUAAUAAUAAUAACUUUUCUGAUGUUCCUGCUCGUCCUCCAGUGACGACGGGUGGACCGCAUCGGAGGAAUCUGCAGAUUGAUGAGGAAGAAAGAAUUGCGCUGCAAAUGAUUGAGGAAUUGCUGAGCAGAAACUGCUGCAGCCCAUCUGAUCAUAAUCUUCAAGUUCAAGUUCAAGAUCAAGGGGAAGAAAGUUUUAAUUUCGCUCUUUAACUUAAAAUUAAUUAUAUAUAU